AUGGCAGGCCCAAUAGAAAUCAUCAGGAAAAACAGCGUCAAGAUAAAGCGGAAACUCUCCAAAUCUGAUAGGCAUAAUACCAAUAGUUCACUUUCCUCUAGGGGACACAAGGGUGGCCAUCACGAACGUGGUAUGAUUUCUCCAGUAUCGUCUCUUGACCAUUCUCCCUCAAGGAUGAUUCAUUCGGUGUCCUUUGAUCUGUCUCCCCAUGAUGGAGACGAAUUCCAAACACAUUAUUCUCCGCCUCAAAGAAGGGCAAUUUUCAAUCUAGGGAAUCAAAGUUCUCCUUCUUUGCAUGCUCAACACAUGGAUCAUUCUCUUAGAAAUUCACUAGAUCAUUCAGGCGACGUUAUUCAAGUCAAGAGACGAAAUUUACCUUCCUCUGGAAGAAAAUCAGAACAUCGUAAGACAUUUGACUUUGCAGCGUAUCAACAUUCAAAGGACAAUUUCAAGAGGGUUUUCUCGGAUUCCUCCUUGUACAGUAUGAAUUCCAAAACGAGACCAACCUCUUUGAUUGUUGAUGAUAAAUUGCUCGAUUUAUCAAUGAACAAUGAAUCUUUGCAUUCAAAUGCACUAGCCCUUAUUUCCCAAAAUCAAAAUACCAACUCAUUGAACCAAAAUUUAACGACUAACUCAACAUCAAAUAGAUCAGAUAGUAAAGUUACGAAAAGCAAACACUCAACAACGUCUCCUCUUGAUAAUCAUGGGAUUAUCAUAGGCAGUUCAAAUAAUGAAAUUUUAGCUACGCAUUCAACAGCAAACUUCUUAUUUGCCUUUUUCUUUCACCUAUUCAACAUAUUCUUUGGCAUUUGCAUAUACCUCCCUCUAUACAUAAUUUUCAAAUUGGGUUUUGUUUCGGUGCUUGCACUAAGCGUCUCAUUGUACAUAUGGUAUUCAAAUACAACUAUAACGAUCAAUACUCAGCCAUCUCCCACAUUUAACUAA